CUGAAGUCAUGGGAAGUGAGGAUACGUCUAAAAAGUGGAUCUGCAUAUGACUGGGAAAGCGGGAGAAGAAUGCAGAGAGAUAUCGUAGGAAAGAGAAGACACUGUCCCUUCAAGGGACAAAACAACAUCCAUCACGUCUCAUACAAGCGGUUCAGGAGGCGGAUAAUCCAGAGGAGCUGCAGUGAGAGUCCUGCUGCGAGUACGCCGCUGACCACAGGGGGGCAGUGUGAGCUCAGCUUUGAGUUUGAUACCAUCUGUCAGAGGCUGGAGCUGGACUCUCCUCAGAGACACUAUGAACCAGAACACAGAGUCCUACAGGGAAACCUUCAAGAGAAAGUUAUAACAGGAGGCGAGACCUACCGAGCUGCUGAUUCACCCAAGAUAACAGCACACACUCUCACUGCAGGCGCACGUCCUUCCACAGAAAGUGCACCAGAACAGGGAUGGGUGUGGAGUGCUGCAGAUCAAGAACAUGAAACCUCUCAGCGGGCUGGUUUUGAUGGGAGACGACAUGACAUGGAGCCGUUUGCGGUUCUGGAAAAACCUUCUGUGCGACUGCAGGGAGAGCCAGUGAUGACGCUGGCAGCACCAUCUCUGCUGAACGACUACUACUCUAAUCUGCUCGACUGCAGUUGUAACGGUAUCAUUGCAUUAGCACUGGGCUCUUCUGUUUACCUUUGGAAUUCAGAAACUCAAGCUCUGCUGGGAUGCUUGGAACCAAAUCCAAAACCAGAGCCCCCAUACCAUCAAACCAAGUCCAUCUCGAGUCUGUGCUGGAGCAGAGACGGCAGAGCUCUCUGCAUCGGAACCAGACGAGGGGAGCUGCAGUUGUGGGAUGUUGAACAGAACCAGAGGGUGAGGCGUCUGCUGUCAACCGUUUCUGUGGUCAGAGCUAUUUCCUGGAAGCAGCAGUUACUCAGCAGCGGCUCUGUUCUUGGAUGCAUCCAUCACUUUGACCCCCGGGCCUCUACACCUCUGGUGGGUGCAGCCAUUCAAAACGAUGGGAUCUGCAGCCUGCAGUGGUCACCAGGAGAUGACAUGCUGGCCAGUGGCUCGACAGAAGGCCUCCUGUGUGUAUGGGAUAGUGACAUCGCAGGGUUCACAAGAUCACGUCAGCCAAUCACUGUGAUGAAACAGCCCAGUGCUGUAAAGGCGAUGGGUUGGUGUCCAUGGCAGAGUCAGACCAUUGCUACAGGAGGGGGGUGGAAAGAUGGAGAGCUGAGGAUCUGGGACACAGAUUCAGCAACUUGUGUGACUUCUGUGAACACAAACUCACAAGUGUGUUCUCUACGUUGGGCUGAGAAGAGAAGAUAUGUGGUGACAGGUCAUGGCCUUCCUCAUCACCAAGCCACCUGCUGGAGCUGGGAUUUUCCCCACCUCAGCCCGACCUUGCAGCUCACAGGUCAUUCUCAGAGAGUCCUGCACGUGACUUUAAACCCUGACAGUACUCAGAUUUUCUCUGCUGGAGCUGAUCAACGUAUUAACAUCUGGGACAUUUAAAGAUCAACACAUAGUUCACACCAUGACAGACAUGUGAAACACCAUUGUUUGCACACACACAAAGACCACGAAGCUCACAAGAAACAUUUCCUGUUCAAUUUUCGGAACUAACCACAAUGUCAAGACAGCUCAUGACACUAGCUUUGACAUGAUCACUUGUAAAGAUUUGGCAACUACUCUCUACGGCAGGGGUGUCAAACUAAUUUCAGUUCAGGGGCCACACACAGCCCAAAUUGAUCUGAAGUGGG